CAAAUUGCUCGAUCACUAGAUCUCCCCUCUCUCUGAUCAGAUCCAAACUCCGGAGACCAAAACAAUGUCGCACUCCGAACGCGACACCGUCCCCCUCCACCCCUCCUCCCAAUCCGACAUCGACGAGAUCGAAAACCUAAUCAACGCCAGCGUCCAAUCGGGCCCCACCACCGUCCUCCCCGCCAAACCCCCCAGUCCUCCCCGCGCCUCCAUUCCCGUUUCAUCAUCCCCUUUCAUCCCAUCAAACCUCCCGCCCCCAGCCCCCUCCUCCGCCACGAAGCAGAAGCCUUCCUCCGUCCCCGCCCCACCUCCCAUUCCCUCCGCAACCAACGGCCCCACUAUCUCCCCCUCCGGGUUCGGCUCCCCGCCCAACACCCUAACCGAGCCCGUUUGGGACACCGUGAAGCGCGACUUGUCGAGAAUCGUGAGCAAUUUGAAGCUUGUGGUGUUCCCCAACCCGUAUCGUGAGGACCCGGGAAAGGCCUUGAGGGAUUGGGAUCUCUGGGGACCUUUCUUCUUCAUUGUGUUCUUGGGUCUCACGCUUUCCUGGUCUGCAUCUGUUAAAAAGUCUGAGGUUUUUGCUGUUGCUUUUGCUGUGCUUGCUGCUGGUGCUGUGAUUCUGACGCUGAAUGUACUCCUACUGGGUGGACACAUAAUAUUCUUCCAGAGCCUUAGUCUCCUCGGUUAUUGCCUAUUUCCUCUGGACGUUGGAGCUCUGAUAUGUAUGGUGAAGGACAAUGUGAUAUUGAAGGUGGUUGUGGUAAGCGUAACACUGGCUUGGAGUUCGUGGGCUGCAUAUCCUUUCAUGAGUUCAGCAGUCAACCCCAGGAGAAAAGCCCUUGCACUUUACCCUGUCUUCCUAUUGUACGUAUCUGUCGGUUUCCUCAUUAUCGCCAUUGAUUGACACAUCAAAACUAAGCAAUGCUGUUAAAUAGGACUUUUUGGGGUGCUUCAUUUUCUCACUUGUUGCUUGGAGUUUUGGUGCUCUGUCUGCCCGUAUCAUAUCUGUUGUAUCAAACUUGUUACAUGAUAUUAAUUCUAUCACGUCUUCAUACUUUUCA